AUGGCCCCUAGAGUCGUAGUUAAUAACGGCACUGCCCUAUGUCGUAUUCGUGGAGUCCAAAGUUCAGUGGCCAGUGGGUCACGGCUUAUCCAUGCAGGUUUUUUGAGUAACCUCGUAUCCUCUUUAACUGUAGCUGAGAUGAAAGUCGUUGUGGAGCUGCAAGGUCAUCCAUGGUUUGUUGGGACCAAGGAUAGCACAUUUAGAACACUCAAAUAUACUUGGACAUGGAUAAAGCAGUGA